CAACAGGGAAUGAUCUACCACCGAGACACGCCCCUGGGCAAACACUCAAUAACAUCCGAUUUAUUUUGGAGAACGAAGCGGAUCUUCCUGGGUUGUCCAAAGAAUGGGUAGUGAAUCGAGUCGUCAACACUACCGAGCGUAAGGCUAUAAUCGCUCUUCUUGAGCAACACAACCAGGUGUACACUGACAUCGAGGUGGACCUGCGCAAGUAUAGCCAAAUCCAAACCGACUGGGCCAAUGUAGACUUCAAUUGGCAGGACAUCACUCGGUACACGCCUAUGGAGCAGAACCCGGUUUUCCCCGACCGAGCGCUGUGGAGAGCAUCGGCCAUCGACCACGUUUUGGCAAAGAAAAACCGGUAUAUCAUCAAUAACAACGGCGCCCGCAAUGCGAUGCUGAAGAUCGGAAUAAGCAAAGGGUAUCGGUGGAUCCUUCCAUUCGACGGGAACUGCUUCCUCACACCUGCUGCGUGGAAGGAUAUGACAGAAACCGUCAUGAAGAAUACCAAUGAGAAGUACUUCUACGUGCCCAUGGAGCGUAUGCAAGACAAUGCCGCGUUAUUUGACCCCAACUUUAAAGCGGAGGCUUUGGAGGAACCGCAGCUCAUCUUCCGCAGCGACGCCAUUGAGAGAUUUGACGAAUCCCUCACGCGAUAUGGGCGAAGGCCUAAGGUGGAUAUGCUCUACCGGUUAGGGAUACCGGGUGUGUGGGACGCUCAGCUGACGAAGUCGAAACCAUACUACGAAACCUACAACUUCACGCUUUCGUAUGACAUCCAAGCUAAGGGCUCUGUGAAGCGUGCGUCGUGGGUUGCUCGGCUGUUCUCCGGUAGCGCCGCUCAAGAAGUAACGUCUGUUAACUCAGCCAGUCUCAGGAAAUACAACAGAUGUGUUGGGGUCGCACGGAUUCUCAAUUGGGCCAAUGCAAUUGCGGCGGAGAAGCUGUACGGCUACUCACAGACAGUGAUGCUGGCUUUCGACUAUCACAUCUUGAAUGCCGAGAGGGCGUCGUAUUCGGCAGGGGAUAAGCCUGUUGCUACGGUGGUGGAGGUAGUCAAAUCUGACGCAGUGAACUGGCUACAGGAGAGCGAUGGCUUCUGGUAUCGCAAAUUUGAUGACAAUACAGAACCCAUUGUUGUAAGCGCAAACAACUAUGAUUCUGCGAAUGAAAAUCCUGCCUCCCACGAAAGCAGAUACGUCGCCAUGGCAACCAUCGCUGAGAAGAUGGGGGUGGACCUAUGGAACUACGGCCGAAAUGACGACCACAUCAUGCUCAAUAGCGUGUACUUCCAUCUGACCGGCGAAGGGAUGCCAGACAUGAUUCUGAAGGACAAAAACAGCCGCCGACUCUCCAGUGAUGCGCUCAAUGGGUUUGCGAGUGACAUUGCCACACCCCGGCCAGGCACCACCUCGCUUGUGCACGUGGCACGUCUGCAGUAUCCCGAUGUGCGACUAGACAGUGACAACAUGGCUGCCGAGGGAAGGCCGGCGAUGCGUAGUUUGUAUCUGGAGGACUUGCCGGUAGAGGGGAGUGAUGAUGUGAAUGUUGUGCGCCCGUACUGGAUGCUGGGGCUGGGCAAGAACAUAUAAACGGUGGACACAUGCGGGUACGAGGUUUCGAGGUUGUGCUGUGAGUGGUGUGACUUGAGUGCCUGACGUGGGCUUAGUCGUCAGUAACAAUACAGCUACAGCGAGCACGUCUACAUAGUGUAGUUUGUAGCCGAAGGAUAUGGAAUGACAGGGAUGUGAUAAUCUGAUGUAGGGCAACCGUACUGGCCGCUCGGGUUGGUCUAAGACACGAUGUCUACUUGUAUAUACAAAUGAAGUCCGAAGUCCGGGUCCGAAGCACUCCUACAUAGCGGCAAAGCAGUCACACACUGGUCACUCACCAUACACUGCGUGUGCUUGGUAUACCUACUGUCCUAGAUCGUCACUGGAAAUGCUGCAGGUAGGUAGAGACACGCGAGUGCAUGUCGCGGUGCAUAUGCGCUUUUUUAAACCGCAACGGCGCCGCACAAACAAGCUUCUGGAAGAGGUAGCUGACACUCAACAGACUUAGCACCACGGGAAGGUGUGGAUCUAUGCCCCGUGAGGUUGCAUUGGCGUAUUGAGAGCCUGUUGAGACAGUUAAUCAACCACGAGCAAGUGCGUUGAGCGUGCAGUGCGCAGAGUAAUGGUUCUGCACGGGUGUGCUGAGACAAAUUGAUCACGGCCACCAAGCUACGGCACUGUACUGUCUGUAUAAGACGCCUGCGCUUGGACUACUUCUGGUAGAUAAACGUAGGAUGUGCAAGUUACCUACCAACUUGGAUGUAGAUCGGUAGCUAUGCAGUGGGCCUUUUCCAUGACUUGUUGGUGAAUGUGUGAUAGUGGUGCAAAUUGAAUUCGUUGACUAAACAAAUCGAGUAAUGGAAGGUAAACCUGCGCGUGCGCUUCUGUGCUAUUCGCGAACACACACGUACAAGAGUAUGUACAUGCCUCAAUAUGAGCCCUACGAGUGCGUAUGAAAGUCAACUAGAUUAAGUAAUUGGUCUGCUGCUUUCGACUCGCUACUCGAAAGAUUGUGCUUAGCAAGCACUUGGUUAACUGAAUCCUUUCGUAUUCACAGACAAUACAGACUAAAGCGCGCAAUUAAAAAUAAAGGUCGCGCAAUUAAAAAUAAAGGUCGAGACCGAAAAAACAUACAAUCAAUGAUAAUAUUAAAAUGUAGAAACGC